AAUAGUGGGUUCAUUGUAGUUUCUCUAAUUGCCGAAAGUGAUCGCACUGAAACUUCCUACAAUAUACAAAAUCUGGUAGGUGGUUUGAUUCAGAUCAACUAUAAAUAGUUCCCAGGUUUAGCAUUCUUCCAUCUUUCACUGCAAUUCCUCUAUUUUCUUUUCUACCAAACAAAACCGUGCUUGUCAAAUAUGGCUUCUACUUCAUCUUUAGCCUUCUCUUGUAAAACUAGCUAUGAUGUUUUCCUUAGCUUUAGGGGAAUUGAAACUCGUCACAAUUUUACUAGUCACCUUCAUGCUGCCCUUUGCCGGAAAAAUAUUACAACAUUCAUAGACGAUAUCCUUGAGAGAGGAGAAGGGAUCUCGCCAGCGCUCAUGAAAGCGAUUGAAGAAUCCAAGAUUUCUGUAGUAAUUUUCUCAGAAAAUUAUGCAUCCUCUCGGUGGUGCCUAGAUGAACUGGUGAAGAUCAUUGACUGCCAGAAAGAAAUGGGGCGAAAGAUUUUACCCAUUUUCUAUCAUGUAGAUCCUCGUGAUGUUAGAAAACAGACUGGGAAAUUUGGAGAAGCAUUUGGAGAAGUUAAAGAAAAAUUUAAGCACAGCUUAGACAUUGUGGAGAAGUGGAGCACUGCUUUGACGGAAGUAGCCAAUCUGUCUGGAUGGGAUUCCAGCAGCUACAGGAAUGAAUCGGAAUUAAUUGACAAAGUUGUCAAACAUAUCAUGAAGAAACUAUAUCCCGUCUCCUUUAGUGCUUGUGAUGAUUUAGUUGGGAUUGAUGCUCACCUCAACGAAAUUCUAUCAUUCCUAUGUAUUGAGAUGGCAGAUGUUCGUUUUAUUGGAAUUUGGGGAAUAGGCGGCAUAGGAAAGACAACCAUUGCUGAAGCGCUUUUCGGUCAAAUCUCUGAUGAAUUUGAUGCUUGUUACUUUCUAAACAACGUUAGGGAAAGUACAGAAAAGCAUGGAUUACUGCAUUUACGACAAAAUCUUUUUUCCAAACUUGUAGGGGAUGAACAUUUGAGUAUACAAACGCCCCGUGUACUUCCCACUAUUGUUUUGGAUAUAUUGAGAAGAAAGAAGGUUUUCAUUGUUCUUGAUGAUGUCAACGAUUCAAAGCAAUUAGAGGCUUUGGCUGGAGAUCAUGGUUGGUUUGGUUCAGGAAGUAGAGUCAUAAUAACAAGCAGAGACAAACAAGUUCUUAGCAGUGUUGACAAAAUCUAUGAGGUUAAGGGAUUGGAUUGUAGUGAUGCUUUUCAGUUGUUAAGUAUGAAAGCCUUCAAACAAAAGGAUCCUUCGAUGGAAUAUAUAGAGUUGUCCAAAAGCGUACAAGCUUAUUGUAAAGAUGUUCCAUUAGCUCUCGAAGUUUUGGGUUCCCAUUUGUGCAAUAAGACUCCCGAAGAAUGGGAAAUUGAAUUGAAUAAAUUGAAGAGAUAUCCUGACAGCGAUAUUAUGGAAGUCUUAGAAAUAAGGGACUAA